UGCCGCGCAGGGAGCAGGGCGAUUUCCAGCGCCGUCGGGGCGCGCUCUGCCUCCGGGCCCGGGUUGUAAAUCGCCGCCCCUGCGGGCGGUUGAACGCUCGGCACGCGGGUUGCUGGGCCCUGUGACUCCUGAGUCAUGGCAAGCAGCAGCGUUGUCUGGGGCCCUCCCAGGCCCCAGAAGACGAAUGGGAAACCGGAGCAGCUCAAAUACUCAGGUGUCACCAAGAAAAAGGAUUCGGAAGUUUAUGUUGGAAAUGUCCCACCUGAUAUGAAGGAGGAGGACAUACUGCUCCUGCUCAGGGACUUCCACCCGCAGCAUAUUAAAAGGUGUCAGGCGGGGUUGAGAAGCUAUGCCUUUGUAGAUCUCGGCUCCUCUGAGCAGGUGCAGGCCGCAAUCCAGCGCUUCAGUGGGCACCUCGUGAACGGACGUCGCCUGUUUCUGAGCUGCACGGGUGCAGGCAACGGGAGGAAGGACCCGGCUGAGACCCAGAGCACCAUGGAAAUGCCAGUACGACUGCUGCUAGCUCUGAGCUGCGCCGCUCGCUGCAGGGGAGGCCCCCCGCCGGCUUUGGAAAGAGUCCCCAGGGGAGAGCUUGGUCUGAGCCAUGCAAAGGCAGAGAACAAAACCCUGCAGCCGGCGCCUCCCGAUGCAGUGAGGCAGAUCUGUUAUGCGGUUCCCAUGGAAAUGAGAGGGUCCUUCUUGGCACUCAUGCUAAAAGACUGCUUUAAGGAUUUAAACUGGUUAGUGGCGAUUGCAAAGCUGCACGGCAAGGCAGGGCUGCUGGUGACGGACGCUCUGCCACAGACCCCGUACUUUUGGGCCAUACACCUCACAGAGGAAAGUCACUCGAACAUGCACAAGCUGUUCAGCCGGCUGCUGGAAGAGGAGUCCAAGCAGCCCUGCCUGGCGAAGCAGGCGGUGCAGCGAGGGACCCGCUGCAUGGCAGAGUGCAUUCUGGGGGAUGACGGCGCAGCGUGGAACAGGUGCUGGGUCUUGGAGAAAGUGGAAGAUCUUGCAGUGGUUCUCUUUGUUGACUUUGGCCGUUCAGCCACUGUCCCUCUGAACUCACUGCGGAAGCUGGAUGAAGACGAUAUCUGGGCCAUAAAACCGCUGGCCCAGCCCUUCAUCUUCCAGAAAGAGAUCGUCUCUGCAAGACCCAUCGUCCGGCAAAUCCUGCGAGGGAAGGUGGUUGGCCCAUCUCGCCUGGAGCCUCACAUCCUGACCUUCACCUUCUGCGCAGAGGAGGCUGGGGACCAGAGGAAGCUCUGAGCUGAAGUCACCUGCGGGGCUGCACCUGCCUCUAGCUGCCCAAAGGAGGAGCGGGGUAGAGAACUGCUGGACCUUAGAAAAGUCAUCUUCAACCCGAACCAGCCUUAUUAACUGGCUCCACUGUUGGGGUGGGGGGGUCUAAUUUCUCCAGGUUUAGUGAUGUCCCCACUUAGCUUCAAGGGGAAGUUAUCUAGUUUUGAUUUUUCUGUAGACUUGUAAGGGAGCUGGUAACUGUCCGUCUGGUGCUUGACUAUUAAAUGGACCCUGGAAAGGCCUGUCAAGUCCUGG